AUGGAUCUGUCUAACAUUUUCCGUCUCGUCAACAUCGCCGUCGGCGUGAUUAUGAUAUUGGGCGGUAUCAGUCAAUUCUUCCCCUUUGGAGUUGGCUCGCUCGUCGUCGGAAUCUAUGUCAUCAUUUUCGGUCUCAUUGUGGGCGGUCUCGAAUUUCUUCCUCAAAUCCCGGAUUAUGUCUACCGUUACGCUUCAUUCCUCUUCUCGUUCCUUGGACGUGGUGGCUUCUACGUCUUCAUCGGAUCCCUCCUGCUUCAUGACCACGUCCUCCGCAUCAUUGCCGGUUCGAUCGUCGGCAUCAUUGGCCUCGGAUACAUCGCCUUGGAAUUCGUGCCCUCCAUCGAACCCCCCACAAACAUGCGGGAAGCGGACCCCAGCUGGGGCGCUGAGCAGGUUUAA